AUGGCGCAAUCGGACCAGCAGUCGAAGGUUCCAGGACAAAAUGACCCGUCUGUUUUGCCUCUUGAAGGUGUUCGACCUGAGCAGAAGCCAUUUUUUGAAAUGAUAGAGAUGAUCAACAAGAAGUCGAAGAAUUUACAAAAACGCAAGAAGCGACUGGAAAAAUUCGGCAGAAAUUUGCGUCUUGGGAGAGCAAUUACAGAUGAUCAGGCGAAUGCUUACGAUAAACUGAGCGAGGUGGAGCGGCAGCUGAUUUUUUUGCAUCAGCUGAAGAAAAUUUACAUUUCUGAAACACGAAAAUCUGCGCAUUCAAAAACGGCACAGAAAAAGGUUCGUCAAAUUCCUAUUUGUACUGUAAAAUAA